GUCAGCGCCGGAAGUUCGGUGAGUGCCUGUUUACCGGGUGCUGAUUGAGGACUGUUUUCCGUUCCAUGGUGGUGUCGCCAGGUGGUACUGUGCCCCCGUCCCGUCACUGUAUGACCCAGCAGCCAUGAGUUAUUCAGAGAAACCGGAAGAGAUCACCAAGGAUGAAUGGAUGGAAAAGUUGAACAACCUGCACAUUCAGAGAGCGGACAUGAACCGACUGAUCAUGAACUACUUGGUGACCGAGGGGUUCAAGGAGGCAGCAGAGAAAUUUCGGAUGGAGUCUGGUAUCGAGCCCAGCGUAGACCUGGAGAGUCUGGAUGAAAGGAUUAAGAUUCGGGAGAUGAUUCUUAAAGGACAAAUCCAGGAAGCCAUCGCCUUAAUAAACUCCCUCCAUCCGGAGUUGCUGGACACUCACCGUUACCUCUAUUUCCACCUGCAGCAACAACAUCUCAUUGAGCUGAUCAGACAGAGGGAGACAGAAGCCGCCCUGGAGUUCGCCCAGACGCAGCUGGCUGAGCAGGGGGAGGAGAGCAGAGAGUGUUUGACGGAGAUGGAGCGGACACUGGCGCUGUUGGCCUUCGACAAUCCAGAAGAAUCUCCAUUUGGUGAUUUGCUGAACAUGAUGCAGCGGCAGAAGGUUUGGAGUGAAGUUAACCAGGCCGUCUUAGACUACGAGAACAGAGAGUCCACACCCAAAUUGGCAAAACUUCUUAAACUACUUCUUUGGGCUCAGAACGAGCUUGACCAGAAGAAAGUCAAAUACCCCAAGAUGGCCGACCUCAGUAAAGGCACAGUGGAGGAUCCCAAGUAACUCCCCUACCAGUGGGGAUACCUAGAACAUGUGCAACCUCCUGCAUUACCAGUCUGUGACUGCAACAUUAUUAUUAUUAUAUUUUUAUUUUAUUUUUUUGCCAUGCCAGCACUAAACCCUGACACUUCCUUUGCCGAGACAGUUUCUCUUUGGGCACUGACAUUUACAGGGGUCAAGGGUCCAACAAAACCAAGUUAACCCCUGCAAGUUUAAGAAAGAAAAAAAAUCUCUAUUCCCCCCCCCCCCCCAAGAUCACUUGGCUGUCCAGUAUUUGAUUUUAGUAAUUGUCCUAGCUAUCCAGACAGGAGAUAUAGGGAGGAGGUAAUAGUCUAUGCAUUUUUACCACAGGAGUACAGAGUAUUUAGAGUACAGUACCAGGAGCUUUUGACCUAUAUAUUUAUGAAGCCCAUUUUUACCAUAGCCUUGUACGAACUAUAUGAGAGAAUUUAAUUUAUAACCUUUAUUAGUAAUGCGGCCCCUGUGCUAUCAUUUUUUUAAUGUUGUGACAAUUAUUGUAGAAACAUUGUAUUAGAUACAUUUGCUGUGGCCUUGUUCUCCUCUAUUAUUAAGUAGAUUAUUUUUAUGUAUUAUGUGACUGUUUGAGUUGUCUCAUAUGUAUGUAUAGACUCUCCAAAGAAAGUUUAGUUUAAAGAGUAUGUCCGUAUAGAAUGAAUCUACAUAAAACGUUGAGUCACUGUGUACAUACAUUGCAUUACUUAUCUCAUACUGAUCCUGAGUUACUUUCACACUUGCGGCAGGACGUAUUCGACAGGCUGUUCACCCUGUCGGAUCCGUCCUUCCGCUAUUUUGCG